AUGGUGAAGUUCGGAUCCAAACCUAAGCUGAUGAUCUCUACCGAUAUCUCCUUCUAUUAUCCAGCAAUCUCAGCUAUUGUUUACUAUAUUACUGUAUUUUCUUUAGCAGAAAUCACUAGAAAGGUGCUCGAAAAAACUGUCCACAAGUCUUCCUCGCUCUUUGUUUUUGCAAUUGAACUCAUCGCUACAGCACAGAUGUGCACGUGCGUCUACGAGAACGGUAUUAUGAUAAAAUACUACGGUCCUCUUGCUUUCUUCUUCACAGUCACCUCCUUACUAACGGUUGGAUCCUUCAUGAAUCGAGGUGCUUUUGUAAGCCCUCUGGCCCCGAUUGAAGCUUUCUAUUACGGGAUUAUAGGUCCUGCAAGACUACUCACACUUCUGUUAGCAGAAGCCAUAGGUGGAUUCGCAGCUUUUCGUCUUGCUCGCUCCCUUUGGUGGCAUUCUCUUCAUUACUCACAAGCUCAUCUUGAGAAUUUUACCAAUCCGGCAUGCACUAUUAAUUACAAGAUCGCAUUCCCUCUCGUCAUCGCGUUUGAGAUAAUUGGAUGCUUUCUCUUGCGACUGAUUCUGCCGAACUUGCCCAUCCGUGGCAAAUCCUACACCGUGUCUGCAACGAUUGCCGCAUUCUUAUCAUUCGCCCUCGUAUACGUUGGGGUUCCUGGUCUCAAUCCUGUGGUGGCAUCGUCUAGAAUGUUCGGUUGCGAUGGCAUCGAUACACAGUGGUUUAUCGCGUUGUACUGGAUAUGUCCUGUGAUUGGAUGGUUAUCUGCUGCAGCGCUGCAAAAGUCGCUAACAAAGAAGGCAACGAAGAAACUGAAAAAGAAGAGCAACUAA